AUGACCGAAAAUAUCAAUAUCCCUGGAGAAAGCAGCGAAGCAGUUCCAGUGGUAGCCGCCUCAAAUACUGGCAGUACCAUUCUUCUACCGAUUGAAGCAUUAACCAUACUCUGCCUGCAUGUGACUUCGAUAAUCACCAUCAGCCGGGAUAUACAUUGCACCCCAAUCCUACAAAGGCGGUUAUCAGACGAGAGCACGGACAAAGAGGAGCACAGUGCCAUACGCGACGAGGUACUAGUCAGGAAAUUCUCCACGAAAAAGGCACCGGGAAUUUCUCUGAGGGAGUACCUACUUAGAUUACAUCAAUACUGUCCAAUGUCUGCGGCUGUAUAUCUUGCUACGAGCUGGUAUAUCACUCGAAUGGCCCUUGUCGAAAAGAUCAUAUCAGUUACUACGCACAAUGCGCACCGGCUUGUGCUUUCGGGUCUUCGCGUUGCCACAAAGAUCCUUGAAGACCUCCAUCAUUCCCAUACCCGUUUCUCGAUGGUCGGAGGUGUCUCGACGAGAGAACUAACCCGGCUAGAGAUUUGUUUCUGUUAUCUGAUGGACUUCGAUCUCAAAAUUAACGGCGAUAUUUUAUCCCAGGAGAUUACAUUGUUUCAAGAUCGAUGCGAUACUGCUUUCCCUGGCCGCCCAAUUAUGGCAGCCACGAUAUGUUGA